GGGUCAGCAGUCGCCAAAGGACAAAGCCACCAUACUCAUUACUCGUGCCUAUAUCUAUGCACGUCGCUGCGCUGUGAAUAAAGAAGACCGGCACCCCUUCAAAACCACCACCUUACCGUUGAUCCAGACUCCUCUGCCGCAGCAACCAACGUUUAUCUGCUCCUCCACGCCGUGAUAAGUCUCCGCUGCACCAGAGCACCACUGCUCUUCAUUCCCCCACGGAACCGCAACGUCAAACGGUGGAGGUUGAAGCCGUUGCUAGUCACCACGAGAGAACCCAGAGCAGCCACCCUUUCCAUUCACGGUUCUGUCUUGAAUCACCACUAACCACUGUUUCAAACCUCCAACCCACGCCCCGUAGUCCAGCCUUGAACCCACGUGCACCCACCGUCCAAUUGCCUCACGUUAGCCACCGUAAACCACCAAACAGCUUCUCUCUCCACUGCCUAACAAGCCUCUGUUUUUAGCAACAGAAACAGAGCAGCCUUUCCGUUAAGUGCCACUAGCCACGGCUCAGUGAAGUCCUCCGACCCCCUGCGGGAUCGCGGCGUUACAACUGGUAAACAAAAACAACAAAGAUUCUGGACCCAUAGGAAAAGGAACUUAAGGUAAGGAAUGGCACAGACAUUGGUCUACAAUGCAACACAGCCAGCCGAUGAUUCCAUUAAAAAAGAUCAUCAAAUUGAACUCAAAGAGCUGAUCAUUAACAUUCCACCGGAGCCAAAGGAGCCUCCUCGUUGGCCGGAUUGCUGUAUCUACAGGGUUCCCAAGAGACUUCGCGAGCUCAAAAAAGAGGCCUAUACCCCUCGGCUGGUUUCUAUCGGCCCUUUUCAUUGCAUGAUAAAAGAUCAGUUUAAGGACAUGGAGCAACAAAAAGUCAGAUAUUUUUGGUCUUUCUGUAAACGUACUGGGAAAAGCAGCAAGGAUCUUGCAUGCAUCAUCGAGCGCGAUGAAAAUAAAAUCCGCCAGUGCUAUUCAGAGAACUUUGACGGUAUACUCCCUGAAGAAUUUGUAACGAUGAUUCUACUGGAUGCUAUCUUUAUACUUGAGCUCUUCCUCAGAAAAUCUGAUGGUAAAACUCAUGAAAAAGAUUAUAUAUUAAGCCAACCGUGCAUGGAACGCGGCAUACAGCUUGACCUGCUUCUACUCGAGAAUCAGCUUCCUUUCUUUGUUCUUGAGCAGUUAUACCAAAAUGGGGAACCCAAUACAGAAAAGCCAACUGUUCUUGACCUCUCUAAUGGGUUUUUUGGUGAUCUCCGUACUCGUAAUUGGCAGCCAAAUCAGCCCAAGUGUGAAAAUCAUGUAAAGCAGUGUUUCACAGAUUUGGUGGGAUGCGGUUGCCCUCGACAAGAAAACCAAAAAGCAAGCUCCCCAGACCCCAAACCCAAACCCAAGCAUUUCACAGAUUUGGUGAGACAUUUUUUCUGUCCAACUUCAAAACCCGAACCCGAACCCGAGCAUGGCAUGUGCACAGAUUGUUACCGUCCAAACCAAGAACAAGAAGAUGAAAAUAAAAAACCCGAACCCAAGCAUUGCAUGUGCUCAGAUUGUUUCCGUCCAAACCAAGAACAAGAAGACGCAAUCACGGUUCAACGAAAUAAACACCUACAUGGUACUGCAACAAAGCUUGGCGAGGCAGGGUUGAAAUUCACUAGGCCAGAUUCAAAAAGAGAUUUACUUGAAAUACGAUUUCGGGAGAAUGUCUGCUUAGAAAUGUUCCCGUGCUUCAAUCUCUCGUGGCUGUUGUCUUGUUUACCAUGCCUGAAAAGUACUUGCUUGGUCCAUGUGCAACGUUUCUUGGAAGUCCCACCACUUCUGUUAGACGACAAAACCGAAAGUCUUUUCCGAAACCUGAUGGCCUUGGAGCAGUGCCAUUAUCCAUCUGAAACUUACUUCUGCGAUUACAUUGUGUUGUUGGAUGAUCUUAUCACAACUAGAGAAGAUGUAAGGUUGCUUGUUGAAAAGAAGAUCAUUGUUAACGAGUUAGGUUCCAGCACUGCAGUGACGGAUCUGGUUAACAACCUCGCCCUGGAGAUUGAAGAAAGUGGAACCCAUUACGCCGAGCUCUGUGAAAAGCUUAAUACGUACUACGAGAGCAAUUGGAAUCGUCUGGUGGGAACCUUGACUGGGGUGUAUUUCCCCGACAUUUUUAAAGGCAGUGCUACUGUUGUUGGAAUUAUAGUCCUCGUUCUCACUUUGUGGAAUUUCCACAGGCUGCUUAGAUUGAGUGCUGCCAACAUUGGCAAGUACUAGAUCUGAAGCAUCUCAUGUGGCAGUGUCUGUUGGAGUGCUAUAGAACUAUUUGUAUUUUGGAAGUUUAUGACUUUGGUUUAACAUGGAUCAGUGGAGGGUCUGUCCGUGUGUGAUCUGUGUGUAUUGCAGCAAAUCAAAGUCCUACGCUCUGUAACUACUAUUACCAGCAAAUAAAGCCAGAUCCAGUUGCAUGGCAA